GAGGGAGUGUCCCUCCAGCUCACUCCCAGCAGGAGCUCCCGGCGGACCAGCCCGGCAGAAUCCCAGCUCUGCCAAGAGUAACAAACUCGGAGCCCUCUGCAGACAGCUAGGCGGCCACAGGGAGCUUCCCAGGGCCUUGAAGGAGAAGUAGGAGACGGGACCUCUACAGGGAGAGGGCAGGCCGGCUCUUGGGGUUGCUGAUGUGGCCCCAAGGCAGAGCCCAGUCGGGGUCUGGCCUCAGCCCCCCAAAGAGCAGUUUCUGCACUCCAUGGGGUUGUCUCUGCCCAAGGAGAAGGGGUUAAUUCUGUGCCUAUGGAACAAGUUCUGCAGAUGGCUCCACAGACAGGAGUCCUCGGCUCAAAGCCGAGAUGAGCAGAACCUGCUGCAGCAGAAGAGGAUCUGGGAGUCUCCUCUCCUUCUAGCAGCCAAAGAAAAUGAUGUCCAGGUUCUGAGCAAGCUGCUCAAGUAUGAGGCCUGUGAGGUGCACCAGAGAGGAGCCAUGGGGGAAACAGCGCUGCACAUAGCAGCCCUCUACGACAACCUGGAGGCCGCCAUGGUGCUGAUGGAGGCUGCCCCAGAACUGGUCUUUGAGCCCAUGACAUCUGAGCUGUAUGAAGGUCAGACUGCCCUGCACAUCGCUGUCAUGAACCAGAACGUGAACCUGGUGCGCGCCCUGCUUGCCCACGGGGCCAGCGUCUCUGCCAGAGCCACAGGCACCGCCUUCCAACGCAGUCCCCACAACCUCAUCUACUAUGGGGAGCACCCUUUGUCCUUUGCUGCCUGCGUGGGCAGCGAGGAGAUUGUGCGGCUGCUCAUUGAGCACGGAGCUGACAUUCGGGCCCAGGACUCCCUGGGAAACACAGUGCUGCACAUCCUCAUCCUGCAGCCCAACAAAACCUUUGCCUGCCACAUGUACAACCUGCUGCUGUCCUAUGAUGGAGGGGACCACCUGCAGCCCCUGGAGCUCGUGCCCAAUCACCAGGGCCUCACCCCCUUCAAGCUGGCUGGAGUAGAGGGCAACACUGUGAUGUUCCAGCACCUGAUGCAGAAGAGGAAGCACAUCCAGUGGACAUACGGGCCCCUGACCUCCACCCUCUACGACCUCACAGAGAUCGACUCUUCAGGGGAUGAGCAAUCCCUGCUAGAACUUAUUGUCACCACCAAGAAGCGGGAGGCUCGCCAUAUCCUGGACCAGACUCCAGUGAAGGAGCUGGUGAGCCUCAAGUGGAAGAGGUAUGGGCGGCCCUACUUCUGCGUGCUGGGUGCCAUCUACCUACUAUACAUCAUCUGCUUUACCAUGUGCUGUGUCUACCGCCCCCUCAAGCCCAGGACCACUAACCGCACCAACCCCCGGGACAACACCCUCCUCCAGCAGAAGCUCUUCCAGGAGGCCUAUGUGACCCCCAAGGAUGACCUCCGGUUGGUGGGGGAACUGGUGACCGUCAUUGGCGCUGUGAUCAUCCUGCUGGUAGAGAUACCAGAUAUCUUCAGGUUUGGUGUCACUCGCUUCUUUGGACAGACCAUCCUUGGCGGACCAUUCCAUGUCAUCAUCGUCACUUAUGCGUUCAUGGUGCUGGUGACCAUGGUGAUGCGGCUCACCAAUGCAGAUGGGGAGGUGGUACCCAUGUCCUUUGCCCUGGUGCUGGGCUGGUGCAAUGUCAUGUAUUUUGCCCGAGGAUUCCAGAUGCUGGGCCCUUUCACCAUCAUGAUCCAGAAGAUGAUUUUUGGUGACCUCAUGCGGUUCUGCUGGCUGAUGGCUGUGGUCAUCCUGGGCUUUGCUUCAGCCUUCUAUAUCAUCUUCCAGACAGAGGAUCCCGACGAGCUGGGCCAUUUCUAUGAUUACCCCAUGGCACUGUUCAGCACCUUCGAGCUGUUCCUCACCAUCAUUGAUGGUCCUGCCAACUAUGACGUGGAUCUGCCCUUCAUGUACAGCAUCACCUACGCUGCCUUUGCCAUCAUCGCCACACUGCUCAUGCUCAACCUCCUCAUCGCCAUGAUGGGCGACACUCACUGGCGAGUGGCUCACGAGAGGGAUGAGCUCUGGAGGGCUCAGGUGGUAGCCACCACGGUGAUGCUGGAGCGGAAAUUGCCUCGCUGCCUGUGGCCUCGCUCCGGGAUCUGCGGGAGCGAGUACGGGCUGGGGGACCGCUGGUUCCUGCGAGUGGAAGACAGGCAGGAUCUCAACCGGCAGCGAAUCCGUCGCUACGCACAGGCCUUCCAGCCGCAGGAAGUCCUCUGUUCUGAGGGCUUGGACAAAGACUCAGGGGGAAAACCAGAGGGGUGCCGUCCCUUGGGCCCCCACCUGUCCUUUCCUACACCCUCAGUGUCUCGAAGCACCUCCCGUAGCAGCAUCAACUGGGAAAGGCUCCGACAAGGGACUCUGCGGAGGGACCUGCGGGGGAUGAUCAACCAGGGCCUGGAGGACGGGGAGGGCUGGGAAUACCAGAUCUGA